AUGAAUUCCAAAGAAUUUACCUUUGGCGAGGGCAUUGAGUUUGUCCUUAAACAAAUCUCCAUCAGCUCCGAAGAUCACCAGACCUUUCAGGAGGAUGCCCAGCAAAUCGAAAAUGAGUUCGUCCGAGCGAUAUCUCGUCGAGAUCCCUUCUUCGCCAGGGCUUUCCGGGGCCUUAGCCUGACGGGAAGCAAUCUGAACAAAGUGAAGAUAAAUCUGCCCGAUGAAUUCGACAUGCUGACCAAGGUGGCUCUGCCAUGUGGCAUGCAACCAGUUCCAGUGGCAGGAAAUCCCGGCUACAUUCACCUCCGUGUCGAUGGUGACAAUGUUCCGCUUCACCUAACGGACCGCUUGGGUGAUCUCUACUAUAUUAACCGCAGGAAGGUGCAGUCCUGGUUCAGGGAAAACAUCAACGCCGUGAUCCCCCAGCUGAAUCACAUUCGUUGCAGUGGAGGACGGUCCUUUGAGCUUAGCAACCGAUCCGGUGGCCAUGUGGCCCAUACCAUUAAGGCCAGAUGCUUGUCACAUCCCGGACGCAACAUUUCCUUUGACUUUGUGCCAGCAUUUGAGUUUAUGGCCUCGGAGUGGCCAAGGACUUUUCAUAAGUACCCGCACAAGGAUCUCAGCUGGUACGCCGUGCCGAGGAAGAUACGUUCAUCCAUCGGUGAGGAUCCUCUGUCCUUCAUUGUGUGCGCUCCCCACUGGGAACGAAUGGGACUGGAGAAGAAAAAGAACCUCAAGGAUGCUCUGAGGCUGAUGAAGGCACUCCGGGAAGGGAACGAUAUGCACAUGUUGUUCAGUUAUGCGAUCAAAAGUGUCUUCCUCAACGCCACCAGCCAAAAGCGUAUCAACUGGAACCAAUCGCCUGGACGUAUACUUAUACGCGCUGUCGACUCCAUGGCCAUGUUCCUUCGAAAGGGCUUCCUGCCGUUCUACUUGGCGCCAGAUGCCAAUCUGUUCGAGGAUCUUCCCGAGGAGGAGGCACGGGUCUAUAUAAGAAUAUUGCGUCGCAUCUUCCGCCGGCUUACCAAGUGCCGCGAUCGCAACUGCAUGACCACUGAAGAUAUUCAGAUUAUCUUUGGCAAUGGUGUCCUUAUGUCCUAG